GUACAAUCAUAUUUCAACUUGCUCCAUCGACGCUCGAAGACCAUGCUGCGACAACCUGCAUGCCUGGCGCUAGUGGCGGCGUGCUGCCUCCAACACACCUACGCUCAAACCACGCCGUCGGUGUGUGCCAGCGCCGACUUCUCCAUCCAACCCGCCAUUUCUGUGGGUCCUUUGACAGUGCGCACCCUCGUAACUGAAACGCACAUCUGCUUCGAAGUGAACAUGGCGAGCCCCACGGCCAAGUGGACCGCGCUGUCGCUCUCUGCUUCGUCCAACAUGAUCAACGAACCCAAUAACAAUGCCGUCAUAUUUGAUGCUGCGAAGAACACUGCCCAGCUGCACGUUCUCAAGGGCUACUCGAGUGCAGGCGUCCCUGUGCAGACGGAUCAAUCGGGGCUCGUGGUCAAGAAGACAAGCAGUGCCAACGGCGUGCUCUCGUUCACGUUCGAGCGGACGUUGGCCGCGCCAUCCGUCUACGACGUCGACAUCGACCCCGCCGUGCCGACCAACUUGCUCUGGGCCUACGGCAACACUGCUUGGCCGUCUUUCCACACUGAGCGAGGCGCGGUCAAGCUGGCACUUGGCUCUGGGGCACUUAUGGACAGUGCUCCGGACGCAGGAUGCUACGGCACGACGGCGAUCAUCGGCGCCAUCACGUUUGCCCUCAUGGCCUUGUUGGGGCUGGUUGCCACGCACGCGGGCAGUGGCUGGCGCUUCAUCAACCAACGCACCGUGUUCCCGCCGACGCAGCACCGCGCCCCGUUGCCUUGGAUCUCCCAUGCCAUUUCGGACCUCAAGAUCGGAGAAGCCAUCGUCGUGAUCUUGUACGUGGCGUGCGUCGUCGCGGUGGGGGUGAGCGUCCAGGUCACGUUUCCGACUGCCAGCGCCAGCCGCCUCGCGUCGUUGGUGUCUGGCCACAUUGCGUUAGUCGCGCUCAUGUUUUUGCUGCUGCCGGUGGCCCGCGGCCAGCACUGGGAGGUCGUGUUUGGCACGUCUCACGAACGCAUAAUCAAGUUCCACCGGUGGCUCGGCCGCGUCUGGUUUGUUGCGGGUACCGUCCACUUGGUCCUCACCGUCCUCAGCGUGAACGUGACGUCCACCAACCUGUACGGGAGUCAGCAAGUGGUGCCGCUCUAUGGCUUCGUGGCGUUCGUGUCGUUUGCGUCGAUGGCGCUACUCGCCAUCGACUACAUCCGGCGCACGUACUACGAAGUGUUUUACUACUACCACCGCGUAGUGUCGGUCGUGGGUCUUGUGUUUGCGCUGCUCCAUAGCAAAGCUGUGCAAUACGCCAUGAUCUUCCCGCUGGUCGUGUACGGUGUCACAUAUCUCUACCGCCUACGAACGUAUUUCAACCGGUAUGCCACCGUGCCCAAGGCCCACGGCUCCAACACGGUCGCCCUGACGCUACCCGCCUCGGCUCAAACGGCCAAGUGGGUGCGCACGUCCAACCCGUGCGCGUUCUUUUGGAUUAACAUUCCCCAAGUGUCGCUCUUGCAGUGGCAUCCAUUCUCGGGAAUUGUUACUCCGGAUGGCCAGUCGAUUUCGUUUCGCAUCAAGGCGCACGCCCCCGGCUCGUUCGUCGACAACGUGUACAACUACGUCAAGGCCCACGAAGGCGCGCCAUUGACGGUGCUCGUCGACGGCCCACAUGGAAAACCAGCGAUCGACGUCUACAAAUACGACGCCGUCGUGUUGGUGGCUGGAGGCAUCGGAAUCACCCCCAUGCUCGAUUUGAUCAACCGGCAUCGCCAACAGCAACCGACGCAACAAACAAAGUUCUACUUGCAUUGGGUCGUCCGCGCCGCAGACGACCUUCUCGCGGUGGAAGACCUCCUGUUUCCGCUGCCCCCUGGCGUCAAGGCUACGUUUUACGUCAACGACGGCGGGACCGGCGACAGCAGCGUGCAAAUUUACACGGGCGAGUUCAUCGCGUACAAGCGGGGUAAGCCAGUGCUCGACGAAUACAUCAACACUUCGCGAUUCCACGAGGCCAAAGUUGGUGUCAUGGCGUGCGGCCCCCCGCGGCUUGUCCAGGAAGCGCAGUGGCGCAGCCACAAUUGCUGCUUCGACUUUCACAAAGAAGUGUUUCUCUUGUAAAGCACCCAGAACAUUUUGACUCAAUUAUAUAUAAAUACAUGGUGAAAUCGAU